AUGUCAAACAUAGCAAUCAAUGGUGUGGCUCUGGGAGCAGCAGGCAUCGGGGAAGAAACUGGCUUCGCAUUCGCCGAAGCAGGUGCUUCAGGGGUUGUCUUUGCCGACCUCAACAUUGAGGGGGCCAAAACGAGCGCAGAAAAGAGUAAAAAAUUCGCUACCAACCCUCAAUACCGAACCUUGGCCUUGGAGGUAAACACCACCGAGCCAGAGAGUGUUCAGGCAAUGGUCGAUCUCACAAUAAAGGAGUUUGGUCGAAUUGAUUACUUUGUCAAUAGUGCUGGAGUUGGAGCCACAUCUCUCGCACCAACGUCCGAUAUCGAUAUUGACAACUUCGACAAAACGUUCGCUGUGAAUGCUCGUGGCACAAUGUUAUGCCUUAGAGCUGUGAUGAAAGCUAUGGCCGCACAAGAACCGAAAAAGGUCAAGGGCCGCCAUGGGGAUGAGCGUUCGCUGGGUCGGGGAUGCAUCGUGAACCUUGGAUCUGGAUUGUCAUAUGGUGCAGGCCCAGGAAUGAUGGCUUAUGCCGCGUCGAAACACGCAGUGAUGGGAAUUACUAAAGUAGCUGCGCUGGACAACGCAAAGCACGAAAUCCGUGUGAACGCGCUUUGCCCGUCAUGGGUGAAGACUCCCAUGUUGGAACGAAGUUUGGCUCGUUGGGCGGGACCCGAAAGAGUCAUCCAGGCUGUCUCACCAGCAAAAAGAGCCGCGACGCCAGAAGAAGUAGCUAAUGUUGCCGUCUUCCUUUGCAGCCCUCCGGCUACCUAUGUCAAUGAGACUGGCUUGUUGAUUGAUGCUGGAAUGAUGGUCACUGCUCACGCAAGUUAA